ACACCAAAGCCCAUUAAGGCAAAUGUCUUUAUACUCUUCAGUCAACGUUGUGUGAUUGCAGAAAGAUUUAAUACUUGUAUAUUUUUUCUAUCAUUUAGUAAAUAUCAGUACAAGAUUAUUGAAAUUCCAAUCCGGCCUUCAAGCAACUGUUCAAUGAUCAUGACUUUUCCGUGGUGCUACAUGUUUAUCUCAGGAUUAUUACUGUUCGAAACGUCCAGGGGAGAAUGGAACACGAGAGAUUACCUGAAGCGAGAACAUUCCUUAAUCCAGCCGUAUCAAGCUACGGGAAUGACGAUACCUUAUUGGGAUUUUGGUGGUGUCACAAUAGUGACAAAUAAUUAUAUCCGCCUGACACCAGAUGCCCAAAGCACCCAAGGAUCACUGUGGAAUUCAGUGCCAUGCUAUGUCAGGAAUUGGGAACUCCAAGUACAAUUCAAAGUUCAUGGAAAAGGGAAGGAAUUAUUUGGUGACGGACUUGCUAUCUGGUACGCCAAAGACAGAAUGGAAGGUGGCCCAGUUUUUGGUAACAAAGAUUUUUUUCACGGGCUUGCCAUAAUUUUGGACACUUACAGCAACCAUAAUGGUCCACACAAUCAUCAACAUCCCUACAUCUCAGCGAUGAUAAAUAAUGGGUCUUUGCACUAUGAUCAUGACCGUGAUGGAACGCAUACGCAGUUGGAAGGCUGCGAGGCUAAAUUCAGAAAUUUUGAUCAUGACACUCAUAUAGCUAUAAGAUAUGAAAAGGAUACCUUAACAGUAUCUACUGAUCUCUCAAAUAAGGCUGCUUGGAAGGACUGCUUUUCUGUUCCUGGCAUAAAGCUUCCAACAGGUUACUACUUCGGAGUUACAGCGACCACUGGUGAUCUUUCCGAUAAUCAUGACAUAAUAUCAGUCAGACUUUAUGAGCUUGACCUGCCUGACGAUGUUAAAGAUGAAGAAGACAGAUCUCAAAUUCUUCCUUCAGCAACGCAUUUCGAAUCUCCAAGAGAACAUGUGGAUGACCCUAAACCAUCAGCUCUGAAUGGUGUCAAAACUUUCUUUUUGAUGCUCAUAGCUGCAAUUGUUUUGAUAGCAGUGCUAGUACUGGGAAUUAUGUAUUACCAGAAGCAUCAAGAAAAUAGUAGGAAACGUUUCUACUAAGCGAUACAUCUAGCAGUGUGUGCCGAAUGAUGCAACUUUGUACUGUGCGAAGCGUUUAGUUGGAUAAAAUAAAUCACGCGGUUACAGAGCUGUCGAAUAAAUAUUUUAAGUUUUUCGACUUAAUAUCAAGAGAAUUUAUAACAAGUUGUAUAAAAGUAAAUUACUACAUGAACUAGCGUUCAAUCUGUGUGCAGAUAAAAGUAUUUAUCCAACUGCUAGUAACCGUCAGAAUUUUCAUAAAGUAAAAGAUCAACUACGUCUUUUUUCAGUUCAUAGUAAUUCAGAGCCAAAAAGACAUUUGCAUCAGUGUUUUCCAUUCUCAUAUCUAAAUGUGUCUACCAAAAAAAGAGAAAGAAAAAAAAAACAAUUAAUAAAACCUGCACGAAGCUAAAUCAAACGAAGAAAGAAAGGAGGGGAGAAAACAAUAAAAUC